AUGUUGGUUGAUGAUAGUCCAAACAUUCCAGAGGCCAAGGUCAGUGACUUGUGUGUCCCCUGGGGCUUCAGCUGGGCCCGGCUCCUGGACAGUAUCCUAGGGCUGGGGGCACUAGGAGCGACAAUUCAAACAGUCUUCUCGACAGCUGGCCUAGCCGUGUUGCUCCUACUUCUGGUCAGCUUCCUGGCCUUUGACCUGCUCCAUGGGCCCACAGGUCCUAUCCUGCCACGACACAGACUUCUUCCAAUGGGUCAGAGCCAGGGGGCUGGUGAAGGUCCAGGACAGCAGGCAGCUGCCCUCUUCCACACAGGGCUGGUCUCAGGACUACUCGGGUUCCAGGAUGCACUGCUCCUGCUGUUCCUGGGCCUGGGUCUGUUCUUGGGAGGCUCUGGUAUACCCUUAGCCCUGCUGGGCCUGGCUUUCUGCCUCCAUCCUUGGGCCUGAGGGCCCUCCAAAAACUGAAUGCCUUCUAAAAAUACACCAGCCAUUCUGCUUCACCAGGUUUCUUCUCCGCCAUGCUGAGCUACAUGAGGGUAAGGUGGUGGGGUGAGGGUAGAAUACUCCAUUGUGUUCA